AUGACCUUAUAAGCAUUAUUUGGAGAUGAUAUUCGUGUAAUUACAAGUGCAAAAAGUUAAGACAUUAUAUAUGAUGGAAUUAUAUUUGCUUGUAUAAGUUUAUUCACUUUUGAAAUAAUUUUAGCUGUUUUAGCAAAAUAAAAUUACUGGCUUUCCUUUUUUUUUUGGUUAGAUACUCUUUCUACAUUAUCUUUAAUAUUCGAUUUAUAAAUUUUAAAUUAAAUUAUUUUUUUUGAUUCUGCUUCGAAUGCCGCUUCUUUAGCUAAAGCAGGAAGAUCAUCUAGGGUAGGUUCUAGAACAGGAAGAAUUAUCAGAAUAAUUAAAUUAAUAAGAAUAGUCAAACUAUAUAAAGCAGCUUCAAAAAAUAAUUAGUAAAGCUAAAAUUAUAAAUAGAAAAUUGAAGAAAGAAAAAAAAAAAAAAAAAAUUUUUUGUAAUAACGGAAAAACAGUAUAAUACUACUUCUAAAGAAAAAAAAGAGCCUAUAAUACUUAGAUAAUAGAAUGAAGUUAAUAUAAAUUUAUAUAUUUAAUUUUUUUUAAUUUUUUUAAAAUAAGAAUUCAACACUGUCUAAAGAAUCUCGAGUAUCAAUAAUAUUAUCAGAUUUAACUACAAAAAGAGUAAUUAUUAUAGUAUUACUUUUAUUAUUUUUAAUGCCUUUAUUUUCUGCUGAAUAUUUUUACGAGUUACCUAUGAGUAUGGAUUUAGCAACUUAACAAAUAAAAAUGAUAAUUGAAGAAAAGACUACUAUUGAUUAGAUAAAACAGUAAUUUUAAGAUAUUAUAAAUUAGCAUUAAAGUUUAUCAACUCCUAUUGUUUAUUUCAGAGUGCCUUUAUCUUAUAUUGAAACUUAUAAUGACAAUAUUGAAGGAUUGCGUACUGAAGAAAAAUAAGGAAUCGGCUAUAUUUUAGAUGUAGAGAAAUACAAAUAAAAUCAUCCAGAAUAAUUGGAAGAAAUAAAUUUUUUAUAAAAAAUAGAAAAUGAAGAUGACCUUUUAAUUUAAGGUUUCCUAAAUACACAUUCUAUAUCAGUUUUGAAUUCAUAUCUUUCGAUUGGAAGAACUAUUUUUGUUUGUUUUGUCCUUACUAUUGGCUCAAUUUUAUUUUCUAAAGAUGUUAACGAUUUAGCUAUAGGACCUAUAGAAAGAAUGAGAAAUAAAGUAAUUUAAAUAACUAAAAAUCCAAUACAUUGGAAAGAAGAAAAUUUAAAAAAUUUAUUUGAAAAUGAUAAUUAAUAAUAUGAAACUUUUAUUAUAGAAAACGCUAUUGUUAAAAUUGGAUUUCUUCUAGCUCUAGGAUUCGGAGAUGCAGGAGCAGAAAUAAUAACAAAAAAUAUUUCUUAGACAGGAGAUUUCGAAGCUUUAGUUGAAGGUAAGAAGUAAUGUGCAAUUUAUGGUUUCUGCAAAAUUCGAAAUUUUAUGGAAAUUACAGAAGCUUUAUAAGAAGAUGUACUCAUUUUUGUAAAUAAUAUAGCUGAUAUUCUCCAUUGUAUGGUUGAUCGAUAUUUUGGGGGAGCGAAUAGAAACGGAGGAGAAUCUUUUUUGGUUGUUUGGAAAAUUUAAAAUGAUAAAUAUAGUUUUGGAGAAGAAAACGAAAAAAUUGUAAACUUUAAUGAUUUAACAUAUAUCAAUUUACUUGCGGAUUUCUCGCUUAUUUCUUUUCUUAAAACUAUUGUAAAAAUGCAUAGAGAACCAAAAAUUCUUGCUUUCAAAAAUGACAGAAGGAUACUAAAUCAAAAAGUUGAAUUAGGUAUUGGAUUACAUGUUGGUUGGAGCAUUGAAGGACCUAUUGGAUCUUAUUUCAAAAUAGAUGCGACCUAUAUUAGUUAAAAUGUUACUAUGGCUUCUAGAUUAGAAGGAGUCAGUUAAUAGUAUGGAGUUCCCUUAAUUAUUUCAGAAUAAAUGCAUAAAAUUUUAUCGAGCUCAAUGUAAGAAGUAACAAGAAAUAUUGAUAGAAUUACUUUUAAAGAAAAUUAAGAAUCGUUUAAUAUUUAUACAUUAGAUUUAGAUUGUGGGAAUUUACCUGAAAGUAAACAAUAAGACGAUACUCUAACUAAAUAUGAUAAAUUUCUAAUUUCGUAAUUUAAAAAAUAAGAAAUCAUUGAUAUUAUGAAUAGUGUUCUUUCUGGCGAAAAUAUAUGGGAUAUAAAUAUUUAUAUUCAAAUAUUAUCAAAAACAGAAAUGGUAUAGAUUCCUAAAACUAGAAAAACAUACUGUAAAAAAUGCAAUGCCCAUUAAGUUCACAAAGUAUCUUAAUACAAAAAAUCUAAAGAAUCAACUCAUUCUUAAGGUAGAAGACGUUACGACAUGAAGUAAGCAGGUUAUGGUGGUUAAAGCAAACCUAUUUUCAGAAAGAAAGCAAAAACAACUAAGAAAGUUGCUCUUAAGUUUGAUUGCACAAAAUGCAAAACUAAAAGAGUUACACCAAUUAAAAGAUGUAAAACUGUUGUUUUCUUAGAUGCUGCUUAAAUUAAAAAAUAAAAAGUUGGUAAGAAGGACCCCAACUGGUGAUCAUAUUUUUUAUUUUUUAUUUUAUAUUAAACAUACAAUAAAUAAUGUUUAUUUGUAAUUGCCUAUUUUAUUUGUUCAAAUUAAUAAAUAGAUAAUUAUUUAAACAGUUUUCAUAAAUAAAU